CAGCCCCAGCAUCCCCGCUCCGCUGAAAUAGCCACUGGAGAAGGAGGGCAAGGAGAGGAGGGGAGAAGAGGGCACAGGGAAGAAAGAGGGAGGUAAAAGCGGAUCCUUGUAGCCCACCGUGCUGCGCCAGUGUCAGUCUAGAAAAGUGGGGGGGAGAGCCACCCCCUUGGGAGAGGAUUCGCAGACAAAGGAAGCUUCAUGUUCAAAGGGCCAGUGGAGAGCAAAAACGAAGCAGCCAUGUCUGAGCUGGUCCCAGAGACACGACAAAAACCAGUUGUACCGAUGAAACCCAUGGGCAUUAAUGCCAAUUUGCUGGGCUACAUUGGUAUUGACACCAUCAUUGAGCAGAUGCGCAAGAAAACCAUGAAGACAGGUUUCGACUUCAACAUCAUGGUUGUAGGUCAGAGUGGACUGGGAAAGUCAACGUUGGUGAAUACCCUCUUCAAAUCCCAGGUGAGCCGCAAAUCUUCUGGCUGGAACCGGGAGGAGAAGAUCCCCAAAACAGUGGAGAUCAAAGCCAUUGGGCAUGUCAUUGAAGAAGGUGGUGUCAAAAUGAAGCUGACAGUGAUCGACACGCCAGGAUUUGGGGAUCAGAUCAACAAUGAGAACUGCUGGGAGCCUAUUGAGAAAUACAUCAACGAGCAAUAUGAAAAAUUUUUGAAAGAGGAGGUGAAUAUUGCAAGGAAGAAACGAAUUCCAGACACGCGAGUGCACUGCUGCCUCUACUUCAUCUCCCCCACGGGCCACUCCCUGCGGCCUUUGGACCUGGAGUUCAUGAAACAUCUCAGCAAGGUAGUGAACAUCAUCCCAGUUAUUGCCAAGGCUGACACCAUGACCUUGGAGGAGAAGACCGAAUUCAAACAAAGAGUGCGCAAAGAGCUAGAAGUAAAUGGGAUCGAGUUUUACCCCCAGAAAGAAUUCGAUGAGGACUUGGAAGAUAAAACAGAGAACGACAAAAUCAGGCAGGAAAGCAUGCCCUUCGCAGUAGUGGGCAGCGACAAGGAGUACCAAGUGAAUGGCAAAAGAGUCCUGGGCAGGAAAACACCUUGGGGAAUCAUUGAAGUGGAAAACCUCACUCACUGUGAAUUUGCCCUACUUCGAGAUUUUGUCAUCAGGACCCACCUUCAGGACCUAAAAGAAGUGACCCACAACAUCCACUAUGAGACCUACAGGGCCAAGCGGCUGAAUGACAACGGAGGGCUGCCCCCCAUGACUGUCGAGACAGAGGAAAACCAUGAAAGUAACCUGUGAAUGACACCCCACUCCCCCUCCGCUGUCACCUGGUGUCUCU